AUGCGUGCUCUAGCCGCCACUGCUGUGUAUGAACAUCCCGUCCACAGCAUGAUACUUGACAUUGAUGACCCUGUCUGGGCCACGCGUUUUAAUCAAGAAGAACGCAAAGAAAUCAAACUCUACCGAGGACAAGAAUUUGUCGCUUUGCCCCCCCCCAACAUGGAGGACUGUCUGGAAGGCUUUAACAAGAACUGGAAAAGUGGUGUCGCGUUAUUUGACUAUGCAAGCAGCCUCAAAUAUCAUCCUGUGCAUCAAUACGACGAAGACUGGGUGAAGAAUGCUAUGCUGGAUGUCUCCAGGUUGUUCUUGAAGCAAAACGGCCUGAAUAUGAAUGAUUCAUCAGAGGCUGAUUUACUCCUCAAGGUUUGGCCUUUCCUGUACAAGCUGUAUGAACAAGGGGAGAUCGAAGCAAAGCUUGGUGAGAGAUGCAGUGUUGCGUCGGCAAUUGCGCGAAAUGAUAGACUCUCUUUGGAGGCGGAGCAGAAGAGAGCGAGAAAAAUAGUCAGUGCAAAGGUGGAUGUCCUAUGCAAGUAUGUGCAGGUAGAGUUAGGCUGCUGUGAAGUGGGCAAGAAUGGUAUCACAGUAGUAAAUGACAAGUACCUGGAGGACGGGUACAUGCAGUUACCAAAGACCUUGAAGGACAUGCUUUGCGUCCAAAUCACCAAUAACCCUGACAAAGCAAAUAAUCUGCGCACAUUCGGCUUCCUGGUAACGGGUUUGAAUGUCCAGGUGUUGAUAGUUGAUGUUCCUUGUGCGAGUUCAAUCACCAGGAUAACUCGAUCUGCAACUUUCCCUUUCCCACAGGACAUCACUGAAAUCGCUUCAGAUUUCAUCCCAUUACUGGAAAUCACAUGGAAGGUGAAGCAGGAAAUGCUGGCGAAUACCAAGAGCCUACAGGACAAGAAGAGAAAGGCAGCAGCAUUGUAUGUCGAUGAUGGAGAAGGUAGAUCUGCCAAAGUUCCUUUCUCGUUUGCAAGACACUGA